CCGGACCGUCCACCGCUUCGGGAUGAGGGAGACGCGCGGAAGGUGGGUGAGAGCCCUUCUGCCCCUGGUUGCCGUCCUUUGUCAUCACUCGGGGGAAUGCGAUGCCAAGAGCGGGGGCGGCUCGGUGGUGGAACAUCAUUCGUCUUCCUAUUGGGAGCAACCCUUCAGUCAGCCCUACUUUGACAACACGACAAAGAGGGAAACUACGACGACGGUUGGCCAGUCGGCUUACUUGUACUGUAGGGUCCGCAAUCUCGGAGAUCGCGCGGUGUCGUGGAUCAGAAAAAGGGAUUUGCACAUCUUGACGGUCGGGAUCCUGACGUACACGAACGACCAGAGGUUCCAAUCGCUGCACAGCGACGGCAGCGACGAAUGGACGCUCAAGAUCAGCUCGCCCCAGGUCCGCGACAGCGGGAUCUACGAGUGUCAAGUGUCCACCGAGCCCAAGAUCAGUCUGGCCUACAAAUUAAGCGUAGUAGUGUCGAAGGCGAAAAUAAUUGGUAACCCGGAGUUGUACAUCAAGAGUGGAAGCGACAUCAACCUAACCUGUAUCGUACUGCAGACACCCGAGCCGCCGUCCUUCAUUUUCUGGUACCGGGGCGAGCACGUGAUAAACUACAGCCAGCGGGGCGGCAUCAGCGUCGUCACGGAGAAGCAGACCCGAACGUCGCGGCUGCUCAUCUCGCGGGCGGUGCCGGUCGACUCGGGCAACUACACCUGCGCACCCUCCACGGCGGAGUCGGCCAGCGUCCUGGUCCACGUACUCAACGGGGAGCAUCCCGCGGCGAUGCAGCACGGGAACUCGAGCAACAGCGGCGCGGCGACGCGCACCCUGGCCCUGCUGUCGCUGCUCCUCCACGCGGCCUUUUUCGCGAGGUGA